CCUUUAAAGGCGCGUUCGCGUGGGGCCGCCUCUUCUCUCGGGGCUGGCUCGGGAGUAACGCAGUUGGCGCCGCCGCCGCCGCCACUAGCCCGGCAUGGCCAUGGCGUCCUCGGCCAUCGGGCAGCGCCCCUAUCCGCUCCUCUUGGAUCCCGAACCGCCGCGCUAUCUGCAAAGCCUGAGUGGCCCCGAGCCGCCGCCCUCGGGCCGGUCCUCACGCCGCUGCGGCUCCGCGCCCCUCUCUACUGGCCCCCGGACGCACGAGGGGCGCAGCGGCCGCCGGGCUACUCUGGGGGGCUCAGAGCCCCCACCCCGGGCCUCUCGACCCGCUCGCCCUCUCCGGCCAGGUCUGCAGCAGAGGCUGCGGCGGCGGCCUGGAGCUCCCCGGCCCCGCGACGUGCGGAGCAUCUUCGAACAACCGCAGGAUCCCCGCGUCCCCGCGGAGCGAGGCGAGGGCCACUGUUUCGCAGAAUCGGCGCUGCGGGGAGGCCAUGGCUGGUGUGACCUGUGCGGACGAGAGGUGCUGCGGCAGGCGCUACGUUGCGCUAACUGUCAGUACACUUGCCACCCGGAAUGCCGCAGCCUGAUCCAGCUGGAUUGCAGUUGGCAGCACAGCGCACCAGGAGAUAGACCCUCUCCGGAGAGCACCCUCGCCCAGAAUGUGUGCAAAGCUCCAGCAGCGGCUGAGCCUCAGCACCCGCCCACACUGCAGGAGAUUAAGCAGAAGAUUGACAGCUACAACACGCGGGAGAAGAACUGCCUGGGCAUGAAACUGAGUGAAGAUGGCACCUACACAGGCUUCAUCAAGGUGCACUUGAAGCUCCGGCGGCCAGUGACGGUGCCCGCGGGGAUUCGGCCGCAGUCCAUCUAUGACGCCAUCAAGGAGGUGAACCUGGCUGCCACCACGGACAAGCGGACAUCCUUCUACCUCCCGCUCGAUGCCAUCAAGCAGCUGCACAUCAGCAGCACCACCACGGUCAGUGAGGUCAUCCAGGGGCUGCUCAAGAAGUUCAUGGUUGUGGACAACCCCCAGAAGUUUGCCCUAUUUAAGCGGAUCCACAAGGAUGGACAAGUGCUGUUCCAGAAGCUGUCCAUCGCUGACUGCCCCCUCCACCUGCGCCUGCUUGCUGGGCCUGACACCGACGUCCUCAGCUUUGUGCUUAAGGAGAAUGAAACUGGGGAAGUGGAGUGGGAUGCCUUCUCCAUCCCUGAGCUCCAGAACUUCCUCACGAUCCUGGAAAAGGAAGAGCAGGACAAAAUCCAGCAGGUGCACAAGAAGUAUGACAAGUUUAGACAGCAGCUGGAGGAGGCCUUAAGGAAAUCCCAGGGCAAGCCUGGGUAGCCGGUCCUACAGCCUCGUCUGCCUGUGCUCUCAGAUUUAUUUUUAGUAUUAAUUAUUAUUUUGCAAUGGACACUGGUUCUCAGGAUGCCUCCGGCAAACACACGCGUGCCUGGCCAGCAGUGGCAGAUGUGGCAGGAGGCCUGUCCCAUGGACGAAUGUCUGCAUGGAGAUAAACCCCUGCCCGUGGCCCCCACAGGCUCUGCCAGGGGUCACUUCUCUGAAACCAACAAUACCAUCCUCUCCCAACCUGCAAGCCUUCCACAAGCCCAACAGUUGCCUCUCUCGUCAUCAAACCAGAACCUGGCACACCAGCUGGCAAAGGAAAGGAAAAGGUGUUCGUUUUUUUCUCUCUCUCUCUGGUUUUGACUCUUCAGCUGCCCUACAUCUCAUCCACAGCACCUUUAUUUAUGAGGCAGACAAAGCGUGUGCCUUGGCACCUUGCAUUAAGCACCCCAGAAAGGAAGAGCAUGCCCCAGCCUGCCCACCCAAGGGAAGGUCUGCAAGGUCCCACGCUCUGGUACCAGGGAGAGCUGGGAGCUCCAAAACUGAUUGGCUCAGAGAUUUCCAAAGAUGUGGCAGCCUGCCCUGGCCCCGUGGGACCUCAAUGCUCAAGAAACUGUGCACAUGGGAGCCCAAAGGCAUGCAUCUGUGAGCGUGUGGCCAUCACAUCUCUGUCUAAGCGUGAUUUCCAGUUAUCAGUUCAAACACUGCCAGAGCUGUCGUAUGCUCCCACCCAUGGGAAACCAGCGAUCGACUACGGUCUCCUCCAUGGCGGGAAGUCAGGCUGCAAGAGGAAGACUAGGAGUUGCAGGGGACUACGGGCAAGCUGUCUUCCCCAGCUAACAGAAGGCCCGGGCUGUCUCGGUUACCUCCAGGGCCUCCAGCACUGCCUCUCUCCUUCCUUGGAACUCUGGGAUCUGCAGGUGCCAGGCAGAUCUGCAGCUGACAUCAGAGGGAGUUGUGCAGCCUGGCUGACAUGCAGUCGCCUGUGCUGUGUCACGUGGGCUGGCUUCCAGCAAUGUGCUCUAUGAACCUGCAGGCCUGAUCUCCCCACCGACCUCAGUGCCUUUCUGGUUUUGGAGACAGCAAAAGGGGCGCUUGCUUCAAGACCCACUGCUGGCAUGCUCACUAGGAUGGGUGGGUCCCUCAGCGCCUUCCCAUCUAGGUUUCUGAGCUGUCACUCCCAAGAAGCACUGCCAUCAGAUGAAUGACAAGAGAGGAUUGGAGUCACGGCUCUGUACAUCGGUUCUGGCUCCGUGGGUUGGUUCAGA